CAUGGGGUAAAAUUGAACUGGCAUCCGGAAUAGCAUGGAUAGAUUAAACAGACUAGGGAUUUUCUAUGUGAAGUCUAGUUGAAGACAAUAGAAGCCGUUCAAGACAGCUGGAGCAGCCGGCCAGAUACAAUUCUCCUCAUUUAAAGAUGAUUUUUGCAGGCAUUGUUUGUAAUCCCCCUCUGAUGUCACGCCCGGUGGCUAGGAAGGAAGGGCUGAGGCAGCGCGCGCACAGCACAGCACACACAGACCAACCGAAAGCUGACGAGCCCAGCCGGCUAGAGCGAGAGGGAGAGGUGGGGAACGAAACGACAGACGGUGGAAUUGCAUGGAAGACUCACCGCACUCUAGUAGAAACACCCAUAUUGAAACACCUGAGGCUGGGGCUGCUGUGAUCUGAGGCACUGUCCCUACAUGCCUGUACCAGUCUAAGGACUCCAGUAGUUGCUUUCAACCACCAUCUCCACAUUACCACAAAACCAUAGGGUCCAACCCUGGCCUCUGCUCCAAGGAGCCACCUAACCACCCUCCACACCCAUAGAUGGUUCUAGAAGAAGAUCUGAGCUGCUUGUCUCCCACACGACGGCAGACCAUGCAUUUUGCCUAAACCCAUCCCCCCUCUUCCUCUCAACCAAUCCGAGGCAGCCAUGAACCCCCAGGAGUCGGAGUUAGGCCAGGAACUGAGCGAGGACGUGGAACCCGACUUGCCCCCUCCUCAACGCCGUCGCCGCGACAACAACACUGCCACAAACAGCAGGCGACCCCGGCAGCCUAGCAACCAUAGUAGUGAAAACAACAACCACGCUGCUCCGCGCUACAGGAGGUAUAAUGAGGCCCCUGGUGCAGGUGGCAGCAGAAUCAGAGGAGCCCCACAGCGGAGGUCAACAGAGGAGCCAGAGGCAGAGCUGCACCAGGGGGCCCAGUCCCCUCCCCAGCAGCCCCAGCCUCAGCCCCAGCAGGCCCAGGGUCAGUCUCAGCCCAUCCCGCGACCUGCAGUGACACGUUACCGCAGACAGGAGGACAGUGAGGCCAGGCUCAGAGCACAGCAGCAGAGACGCACACAGAGACAGCAGAGAGAGGCUGAGAGGGCCCAGCAACAACAACCACCUCCACCAGGCCCACAGCCUGUUCACUCUCUACCCCCACAACCAGAUGAAACGGAGGAGCAACCACCUCCACUAGGCCCACAGCCUGUUCACUCUCUACCCCCACAACCAGAUGAAACGGAGGAGCAACCACCUCCACUAGGCCCACAGCCUGUUCACUCUCUACCCCCAAAAUCAGAUGAGCCGGAGGAGGAUGAGAGUGAACAGAGAGAUGAGAGAGAGAGGGAGAGAGAGGGUGAUGAUUAUGCAUUAGCUCGUUCUGCUAGCACGGAAAGCGGUUUCCACACACACACAGACCGGGCGGAGGGCGAUGCCGUCAUGGCACUAGAUCAUGAGGAGGAGGACGGAGGUACCUACGAGGUGACGCUUCGCCCAGAGGCAGAGGGAUACACAGAGAGUGCUGAGUCAGAGCAACAACACCCUCACCCCAACCUGAACCUCAACUACCCCCCUCAGCCCCCUCCCUUACCCCGGGAACCCCUACCAGAUGUUGGGAGACCCCCCAGUCAGGAGGAGGCAGAGGAGACCCUGAACCCUGGAGGAGGUUACUCCAACUACGUCUACACCCAGCCUCUCUACCGCCGUGGGGGAGGGACCAGCAGACCAGGGGGGCGGGACAGCAGCGUGGAGGAAGGGGUGGAGCCAGAAGACGAGGCGUAUUCUGAAGCCUACGACUACUCCCUGACAGAACACGUCUACGAGGAGAUCGGCGACGCUCCCUCUUCUGCUGCAAAGGUUGCAGAGCCUAUGGACGCCAAUGAGAACCUCCAGCAGAGGAAGGCGGGGUUCCGUCUGUUUGAGGGGCGGGAAGGAGGCGGGGACUACCGACAGCAGGAGGCGGUGGGGUCACGGCUCCACCACUACGAUGAACGCUCGGAUGGGGAGUCGGACAGCCCGGAGAAGGAGGCGGAGUUUGCUCCGUACCCACGGGCAGACAGUUGCGACCAGGACGGGGAAGAGGACAUCGACAUGAUCGUAGCCGAGGUCAGAGAGAGUCUCAGCUCUCAGAGUCUGGACAGAGCUGCUGCCGGGCUACGGGAGGGAGGAGAGGAAGAGGAAGAGGACAUGAUGGAAGGAGGAGAGGAAGAGGAGGGAGAGUGGCCCGAAUCCGAACACGCUCACAAUUCUCAAUCCGAUGCGCCCACAGACUCCACAUACCGGAAGGGAGAGAUAGAAGGAGAGGGAGAUGAGAGUGAAGAAGAGAGCUUCCCAGCCCCAGCAGACUCUGACGACUGGUCUGGGGUUCGUAACAGUCGUGAAAAGAGAGACGCCAUCUCCCUGGCCAUAAAGGACAUCAAGGAGGCCAUAGAAGAGGUGAAGACCAGGACGGUGAGGUCACCCUAUACCCCUGAUGAACCUAAAGAGCCCAUCUGGGUGAUGAGACAGGACCUGAGCCCCACCGCUGAGUGUUGUGACCUGCAGCCCUCACUAGGUGGCGACUCUCCAGGCUCAGACUCUCAGGCCUCUCCUCAGGGUGCGGAGUCUUCCGUCAGGACGCCCAUGCUCGAGGGGAGUGACAGCUUCGAGUCUCCACCCCCCUCCACUAAAGAGUCCAGGAGAAGUCUCGCCUCCUUCCCUACCUAUGUAGACGUCCCAGGUCCGUGUGACCCAGAGGACCUGAUCGAUGGGAUCAUCUUUGCUGCUAACUACCUGGGCUCCACCCAGCUGCUGUCUGACAAGACGCCCUCCAAGAACGUCCGUAUGAUGCAGGCCCAGGAGGCCGUCAGCCACAUCAAGACAGCCCAGAAAUUAGCCCAAAACAAGAUGAAGCAGACUCCAGAGGGUGAGGCCCAGCCCAUGACAGAGGUGGAUCUCUUCAUCUCCACCCAGAGGAUCAAAGUCCUUAAUGCUGAUUCACAGGAGACCAUGAUGGAUCACACCCUGAGGACCAUCUCCUACAUCGCUGACAUCGGCAACAUCGUGGUUCUGAUGGCGAGACGCCGUAUGCCCCGCCCAGACUCAACGGACAGUGUGGAGGUGUCUGAACCUGACCAGGAGGAAAAACAAAGCCAGUACAAGAUGAUUUGUCACGUUUUUGAGUCGGAGGAUGCCCAGCUGAUAGCCCAGUCUAUAGGCCAGGCCUUCAGUGUGGCGUACCAGGAGUUCUUGAGGGCUAACGGCAUCAACCCAGAGGACUUGAGUCAGAGGGAAUACAGUGAUCUGCUCAACACUCAGGACAUGUACAAUGAUGACCUCAUACACUUCUCCAAGUCUGAGAACUGCAAAGACGUUUACAUUGAGAAGCAGAAAGGUGACAUUCUGGGCGUGGUGAUUGUGGAGAGUGGGUGGGGCUCCAUCCUGCCCACAGUCAUCAUCGCCAACAUGAUGCAUGCUGGUCCAUCUGAGAAGUCUGGUCGUCUGAACAUCGGAGACCAGAUCAUGUCUAUUAACGGGACCAGUCUGGUAGGACUACCCCUGUCUACCUGCCAGACUAUCAUUAAGGGUCUGAAGAACCAGUCUCGUAUCAAGCUGAACAUCGUAAGGUGUCCUCCCGUAACCACGGUGCUCAUCAGACGACCUGACCUCAGAUACCAGCUGGGCUUCAGCGUACAGAAUGGCAUUAUCUGCAGCCUUAUGCGAGGGGGCAUCGCUGAGAGGGGAGGGGUCAGGGUUGGCCACCGCAUCAUCGAGAUCAACAGCCAGAGCGUAGUGGCCACGCCCCACGAGAAGAUUGUCCACAUCUUGUCCAACGCCGUGGGAGAGAUCCACAUGAAGACGAUGCCAGCUGCCAUGUACCGCUUGCUAACUGCCCAGGAGCAACCCGUUUACAUCUAGAACUGACCUCACCCUGUGACUCUUCACCUUUGACCUCUUAUCCUGACCCCCAGCUCACUGCACCCUCUGUGUGUGAGGCAAUUCCUCCCCCUCUCCCCAAACCCCAGCUCACCAUUGGAGAAUGAAGCUUCUAUAGCCUUACGAGUGGACCUAUCAUGUGCUCUGGAUUACUCUCCAAUCCGAUUGUUUUGCUGUGGAGAGUAGAGGUGGGCUGUACCAGACAGCUUGUUCAAGCCCCUCCCAUCCCGAGGUUCAUUUCCUGCUCUUCUCUCUCAUCUCUUGUUCUCUCCCUCUGUCUUUCUGUCUUUUUUCCCUCUCUCUCUUUCUCUCAGCAUUAUCUCCUUCUCCAUUCUCUCCCUACCUCUCUUGCUCUCUCCCUCUCUCUCUUUCUCUCAGCAUUAUCUCCUUCUCCAUUCUCUCCCUACCCCUCUCUCUCUCUCUCUCUUUCUCUUGCCGGCUGCACUCAUCUGAUAUAAUGUUAGGGUUACCUCUGUGUUCCUCUGUGUUCUCCCACAACAUAAACAAGAAGAAAGGGAGUGUGAAACCUGCUGAUUAUUAACAAGUGGUACCACUCUGAACAACCAAUCACAUAUUCUUCCUCAUAACAUUCCACACCUUCCAGCUAACAUUAACGAGAGUCGAGGCAGAGGAUGAAAGACUCUGCCAGCCCACCAGAACAGAUGAAGAAAACAAAACGUUCCCAUCUUUCCAACUUUAGUUUUUCCCUUUAUUUUGUGUCCAGUAUGUUUUUAUGGCUGAGAUUUGGCCUGAUUUAUCCAGCAUUACAAGCUGCUUUCUCUCUCUCUCUAUGCCCAGGCAUCUGUUAUUGUCAGAACCGAUCUCAUCCACAGGAGGUACACUAUCAAUCAAAUUCAAUCAAAUGUAUUUAUAAAGCUCUUCUUACAUCAGCUGAUGUCACAAAGUGUUGUACAGAAACCCAGCCUAAACCCCCAAACAGCAAGCAAUGCAGGUGUAGAAGCACUACACCCACCCAAUGAUUUACAACCUUCAAAGGAAUCCAUGUUCCCUUACGAAAACCAGUUCUACAAGACCGGAGACUCGGCUCGGCACGGCUCCAGUCACGUGCACGGCUGAUAUUGGUCUAUUCACGUGCUCACGUGCACGGUUUAUUUCCACCCUGGGAAGAGCAGGGGAAGAACUGCAUCAUCAAACCGCCAUAUGUCAGGAAAGUUGAACAACAUUAAGGAUUUUACAGGCACUCUGAGACCGGUGCUAACGUGAUGCAUUCCAUCCAGAGCUAUAUGGCUUUGUCUGAUGGAGCAACAGGGGGUGAUGGACUUUGUCUGAUGGAGCAACAGGUGGUGAUGGGCUUUGUCUGAUGGAGCAACAGGGGGUGAUGGGCUUUGUCUGAUGGAGCAACAGGGGGUGAUGGGCUUUGUCUGAUGGAGCAACAGGUGGUGAUGGGCUUUUUCUGAUGGAGCAACAGGGGGUGAUGGGCUUUGUCUGAUGGAGCAACAGGGGGUGAUGGGCUUUGUCUGAUGGAGCAACAGGUGGUGAUGGGCUUUGUCUGAUGGAGCAACAGGUGGUGAUGGGCUUUGUCUGAUGGAGCAACAGGGGGUGAUGGACUUUGUCUGAUGGAGCAACAGGGGGUGAUGGACUUUGUCUGAUGGAGCAACAGGGGGUGAUGGGCUUUGUCUGAUGGAGCAACAGGGGGUGAUGGGCUUUGUCUGAUGGAGCAACAGGUGGUGAUGGGCUUUGUCUGAUGGAGCAACAGGGGGUGAUGGGCUUUGUCUGAUGGAGCAACAGGUGGUGAUGGGCUUUGUCUGAUGGAGCAACAGGUGGUGAUGGGCUUUGUCUGAUGGAGCAACAGGGGGUGAUGGGCUUUGUCUGAUGGAGCAACAGGUGGUGAUGGGCUUUGUCUUGUCUGAUGGAGCAACAGGUGGUGAUGGGCUUUGUCUGAUGGAGCAACAGGUGGUGAUGGGCUUUGUCUUGUCUGAUGGAGCAACAGGGGGUGAUGGGCUUUGUCUGAUGGAGCAACAGGUGGUGAUGGGCUUUGUCUGAUGGAGCAACAGGUGGUGAUGGGCUUUGUCUGAUGGAGCAACAGGUGGUGAUGGGCUUUGUCUUGUCUGAUGGAGCAACAGGUGGUGAUGGGCUUUGUCUUGUCUGAUGGAGUAACAGGUUGUGAUGGGCUUUGUCUUGUCUGAUGGAGCAACAGGUUGUGAUGGGCUUUGUCUUGUCUGAUGGAGCAACAGGUUGUGAUGGGCUUUGUCUUGUCUGAUGGAGCAACAGGUUGUGAUGGACUCUGUCUUGUCUGAUGGAGCAACAGGUUGUGAUGGGCUUUGUCUUGUCUGAUGGAGCAACAGGUUGUGAUGGGCUUUGUCUUGUCUGAUGGAGCAACAGGUGGUGAUGGGCUUUGUCUUGUCUGAUGGAGCAACAGGUGGUGAUGGGCUUUGUCUUGUCUGAUGGAGCAACAGGUGGUGAUGGGCUUUGUCUUGUCUGAUGGAGCAACAGGUGGUGAUGGGCUUUGUCUUGUCUGAUGGAGCAACAGGUUGUGAUGGGCUUUGUCUUGUCUGAUGGAGCAACAGGUGGUGAUGGGCUCUGUCUGGUCUGAUGGAGCAACAGGUUGUGAUGGGCUUUGUCUUGUCUGAUGGAGCAACAGGUGGUGAUGGGCUUUGUCUUGUCUGAUGGAGCAACAGGUGGUGAUGGGCUUUGUCUUGUCUGAUGGAGCAACAGGUGGUGAUGGGCUUUGUCUUGUCUGAUGGAGCAACAGGUGGUGAUGGGCUUUGUCUUGUCUGAUGGAGCAACAGGUGGUGAUGGACUGUCUUUGUGCCUCCUGGAAAAACGGGUUGUAGCUAAAUACUGUAGUACGAUAGUUCACCAAGAUUUCUGCUAAAACAGAACACAUCCAUCUAAAUCAGAGGAUAGAUAGCAGAAGAGAUUACCCAGACUGAAGCACCAAGUUAAGCGUCUUCAUUUUUGUCAUGCUGAAAGUUGGAUUAGAAUUGUACACCAAACUGAAGUUCGGGUUAGGAUUAGACUGUGUUACAAUACCAACUAAAAAGUUCAAUGAUAUUAUUUUGCAUUUUAUUUUGUAAUGGAGAAAUGUACAUUCCACCGUCUUAUUCAAUAGACACACAAUUUGUUUUUAUUUUGUCUUGAAUUUAAUCAGCAGUAUUUAUGCGAGACCAUACUGUAAUUAUGUUAAUCGAACAUCAUAUAUUAUAAUAUAGUACAUUGCAUUUGGAUCUCAAUCUUUAUACUUGAAGGAUGUUCAUCAUAGUUCAGGAAAUGGGCCAUUAUUUUGUUGUUUAAAAAACCACAUAAUUUAUGCAUUUAUUUUUAGAUGUAAUUUUAUCUCACAGAUGUGAUGAAUUUAAGGUACUUUGAAUCAACAUAAUCUCACAGUUCUCUGGUGUACAUGUAUUCACAAACCCUCAGUGAUCUGCUGCAUGAAGGGGCUACAAGGGAUUAAAUAGGCUACAGCAGGGUUCCCCAACUGGUGGCUCGCGGUUGACUUUAUUUGGCCACCCAAGUUUUCCACAACAACAAAAAAUAAAAUAUAUUUAUAUACACUACAGAUCAAAAGUUUGGACACACCUACUCAUUCAAGGGUUUUUCUUCAUUUUUACUAUUUUCUACAUUGUAUAAUAAUAGUGAAGACAUCAAAACUAUGAAAUAAACACAUAUGGGAUCAUGUAGUAACGAAAAAAGUGUUAAACAAAUCAAAAUAUAUUUUAUAUUUGAGAUUCUUCAAAUAUCCACCAUUUGCCUUGAUGACAGCUUUGCACACUCUUCGCAUUCUCUCAACCAGGUUCACCUGGAAUGCUUGUCCAACAGUCUUGAAGGAGUUCCCACAUAUGCUGAGCACUUGUUGGCUGCUUUUCCUCCACUCUGCGGUCCGACUCAUCCCAAACCAUCUCAAUUAUGUUGAGGUCGGGGGAUUGUGGAGGUCAGGUUAUCUGAUGCAGCACUCCAUCACUCUCCUUCUUGGUCAAAUAGCCCUUACACAGCCUGAAGGUGUGUUGGGUCAUUGUCCUGUUGAAAAACAAAUGAUAGUCCCACUAAGCUCAAACCAGAUGGGAUGGUGUAUCGCUGCAGAAUGCUGUGGUAACCAUGCAGGUUAAGUGUGCCUUGAAUUCUAAAUAAAUCACUGCCAGUGUCACCAGCAAAGCACCCCCACACCAUCACACCUCCUCCUCCAUGCUUCACGGUGGGAACUACACAUGCGGAGAUCAUCCGUUCACCUACUCUGCGUCUCACAAAGACAUGGCGUUUGGAACCAAAAAUCUCAAAAGGACAGAUUUCCACCGGUUUAAUGUCCAUUGCUCGUGUUUCUUGGCCCAAGCAAGUCUCAUCUUCUUAUUGGUGUCCUUUAGUAGUGUUUCCUCUGAACAGUUGAUGUUGAGAUGUGUCUGUUACUUGAACUCUGAAGCAUUUAUUUGGGCUAAAAUCUCUGAGGUGCAGUUAACUUUAAUAAACUUAUCCUCUGCAGCAGAGGUAACUCUGAGUCUUCUUUCCUGUGGCGGUCCUCAUAAGAGCCAGUUUCAUCAUAGCGCUUGAUGGUUUUUGUUCUGGAUUGACUGACCUUCAUGUCUUCAAGUAAUGAUGGACUGUCGUUUCUCUUUGCUUAUUUGAGUUGUUCUUGCCAUAAUAUGAACUUGGUCUUUUACCAAAUAGGGCUAUCUGCUGUGUACCCUCCAUACCUUGUCACAACACAACUGAUUGGUUCAAACGCAUUAAGAAGGAAAGAAAUUCCACAAAGUCACACCUGUUAAUUGAAAUGCAUUCCAGGUGACUACCUCGUGAAGCUGGUUGAGAGAAUGCUAAGUGUGUGCAAAGCUUUCAUCAACGCAAAGGGUGGCUACUUUGAAGAAUCUAAAAUAUAUUUUGAUUUGUUUAACUCUUUUUUGGUUACUACAUGAUUCCAUAUGUGUUAUUUCAUAGUUUUGAUGUCGUCACUAUUAUUCUACAAUGUAGAAAAUAGUAA